GGUUUUUCAUUCUAUUUGAAGGAGGUCUAGAGCAAGAAGGACUUUUUCAAGUCAAUGGGAAUGCAGAAACAGUGGAGUGGCUUCGGCAAAGAUAUGAUAAAGGAGAAGAUGUGGACCUGGUUAAAGAAGCAGAUGUACCUUCUGCUAUUAGUCUUCUUAGAUAUUUUCUUCAAGCACUUCCAGAACCAGUUAUUCCUGGCACUCUUCAUAUGCAUUUAAUACAACUGCCUCAAGAUUAUAAUGAAGAUGAAUUUGGAAGAAAAUUAAGAUUCCUCUUGCAACAACUUCCGCCUGUGAAUUACAGUUUAUUAAAGUUUCUGUGUAGAUUUUUAGCUAAUGUAGCAUCACAUCAUGAAGAGAUUUGGUCUGCAACUUCAUUGGCUGCAGUUUUUGGUCCUGAUGUCUUUCACAUUUACACAGAUGUGGAGGAUCUGAAAGAGCAAGAACUUGUUAGCAGAAUAAUGGCAGGACUGCUAGAAAAUUAUGAUGAACUUUUUGAAAAUGAAGAGGAAGAUUUCUCAUCUAAUGAUUUAAGUUCAGUAACUGAGCAGGUAAGAAACUAAUGUAUUUUUGGAUAG